GCAAGGGUUUAAGGAAAAACUCUGGUGUUCCUUUGGUGGGUUUGUGAGAGAUCGUAGAAAGAUGCCUCGUACGAGCAAAAUAGAGUGCCCUGGUUGCCCUUCUCUUCGAGCUCUAACCUUCGACGUGCUUGGCCUUAUCAAGGUUAUUGAAGCUCAUGGUAAACAAGGAGGGGUUCCUAAGGUGGUUGAGAGGUGGGGUGAGCCGGACUCUUCCAAAUGCGUGCUCGCCGCUUCUAUCAAUGACCGCAAAAUCGACCCGUUAUUAGCAGUUGCAAGAAAAGGUGGCAUGAUUGAGAUUUGCAGCCCAAUUAAUGGGGAUGUUCGUUUCACAGUUCCUAAUGUCAGUGAUGCCAGUCUUCAACCUGAAGAUGAUGCUGUUGUUGGGUUGCAUUUAUUUGCCGGACAGAAAUUGGAGCUGUCAUCCAGGUCUUGUACUUUGUUUACUUGUACAACAAAAGGAAACGCAAGCAUGAGGUCCAUUGAAGUUACUGAUUCACCUGCAGGUUCUGCCAUGGUUGGUUCUUCAAGAACGUGGAGUGUAUGUGCGUCUGGCAAUAUCUUAUGUUCUAAAGUGGAUGUAAAUGAAAACUAUGCUUUAUUUGGAGGGAAGGGUGUUGAAGUGAACAUGUGGGAUCUUGAAAACUGUACUAAGAUCUGGGCUGCCAAAUCUCCUCCUAAGAACAGUCUUGGUAUUUUUACUCCGACUUGGUUUACAUCUGCAACAUUCCUGAGUAAGGAUGAUCACCGUAAAGUAGUGGCUGGCACCAACAGCCAUCAGGUUCGCCUCUAUGAUAUUUCUGCUCAGCGAAGACCUGUUAUCUCAUUUGAUUUCCGGGAGACCCCUAUCAAAGCAGUAGCUGAAGAUUUAGAUGGCUAUACAGUCUAUAUAGGGAAUGGGUCUGGUGACCUUGCUUCUGUUGAUAUGCGCACAGGGAAAUUGUUGGGUUGCUUUUUGGGCAAAUGUUCUGGAAGCAUCAGAUCUAUAGCCAGGCACCCGGAGCUUCCAGUGAUAGCAUCUUGUGGAUUGGACAGUUAUCUACGCUUUUGGGAUAUCAAGACGCGGCAACUUCUUUCUGCAGUUUUCUUGAAGCAGCACCUUUCAAAUGUUGUCUUUGAUUCCAAUUUUGCUGACGAAGAAGUUACACCUCUAGCAGAUCCACCACUAAAUGCUGAACAAAUUGCAAUUGAGACUGAAAUCAGUGAUGAGGAAGAAACACUUCCUGUGAAAAGGAAGAAGGCAUCCAAAAAAGAUGAAGGAAGCAAGAAGAAGAAGAAGAAGGCAACUAAAGAAAAUGCCAGCGAGGUGCCCGAAGAAAAUGAUGAAAGUGAAAAGGGGGCAUUGAAAGAAAACGAGGGAAGCAAGAAGUUAAAAUCCAAUAAAAGAAGCAAACGAUCGAAAUUUGAGAUGGUUGACGAUGCACCAUGAUUCAUUUGUGUCUCUACUGCAGAGUGCCAGAGUUGAACCUUGUCAUUCAUUACCGUUAAGAAGGUAUGAUGAAAGAGGCCAAAGAUUGAAGGGUGGUUGCUCCAGGUCCUUCUUUUGCAAGAGGGAGACAUUUGGGGUGCAGGAAGCCCUCAUUCGUAUAGGGAAAUGAUUUUGUAGUUCAUUCGGGUGAGAGGUUAAAUUAGAAAAUGAGUGUUUAACCAUAAUGUAGCUAAGAUGAUUGUGUUAAUUUACUCGAUUUGAGGACUUUGUUUUUGAUUCCAAACUCUAUGCAUCUGAAAGUUCAAAAAACAAAAGUCAAAGGUGUUUUGGUCGGGAGAGAGUUAUGCUUGAUCAGUGACUGUAUCACACCAUAACGACAUUCAUUUUCAUUUUGAUUGAUUAUAUGCAAUGUACUUCAUCCUCUUGCUUA